ACUAGGCAUGCGCAAUAGUGUCUUUCUUUCAUCCACGUGGUGCAAUAACAACUCUUAUAAGACAAGGGGACAGAGAAACAGGCACUUUUAGACGCUCUAAGAUGCAAAUCUUUAUCCAAGGACAGCAGGUCCACACUGUGACUGACACAGAAUGUCAAACUGUUCAAGAACUCAAACUUUUACUGUCUGAGGUGGAGGGUAUCCCAGUCGAGGAUCAGAUUGUUUCCUUUGGAGGUGUUCCUCUUGACGAUGAGUUGUGUCUCUUUGAGACGAUUCCUUCCCUUGCUACUCUGUCUCUUACCGCUAGGAUGGUUGGAGGUAAGGUUCAUGGUUCCCUAGCUCGGGCUGGUAAAGUUCGUGGUCAGACUCCAAAGGUUGAAGCUCAAGAGAAGAAGAAGAAGAAGACAGGACGGGCCAAGAGGAGGAUGCAGUACAACAGACGCUUUGUUAAUGUCGUUGCUUCGUUUGGACGAAAGAAAGGACCAAAUUCGAAUGCACCUUGAGCCGUUUGAAAACUUUGAAAAUGAUUGAGAAAGAAGUCAUUUAUAUGUCAGCAUUAAUUUUGUUUUGAUUAUAUUAUUGCCUUUGAAAAAUAAAA